GUCUCCUGGUACUUCCGGGCCUGAGCCAGGCAGGGUCAGACAGCAUCAGGCUCAGCCCAUGUGAGGUACCUUCUCCCAAUCACAGACCACCCUCCCCUGAACGGGGAGGCUCAAAGAGUUGGUGCAGGUAGAAAAGCACCCCAGGCCAGAGCAGUGUGCAGAGUGGGCCGGCACGGGACCAGAAGAAGGAGGAGGGGGAGAGGGCGCGCUUGUGGGAGAUCCUGAAGAUGGCCAAAGAUGACUCCACUGUUCGUUGCUUCCAGAGCCUACUGGUUUUUGGAAAUGUGAUUAUUGGUAUGUGCGGCAUCGCCUUGACUGCAGAGUGCAUCUUCUUCGUAUCAGACCAAUAUAGCCUCUACCCGCUGCUUGAAGCCACUGACAAUGAUGACAUCUAUGGGGCAGCCUGGAUUGGCAUAUUUGUCGGCAUCUGCCUCUUCUGCCUGUCUGUCCUAGGCAUUGUAGGCAUCAUGAAGUCCAACAGGAAAAUCCUUUUGGUGAUCUGUUUCUCCAACUGGUUGCAUGCACCCGACAGAUACAACCUGAGGCUACACUGGCCAAGGGAGAAACAUAGCAAGAAGUACUUCAUUCUGAUGUUUAUUGUAUAUGGCUUUGAAGUGGCAUCUUGUAUCACAGCUGCAACACAACGAGACUUUUUCACACCCAACCUCUUCCUGAAGCAGAUGCUGGAGAGGUACCAGAACAACAGUCCUCCAAGCAAUGAUGACAAGUGGAAAAACAAUGGGGUCACCAAGACCUGGGACAGGCUCAUGCUCCAGGACUAUUGCUGUGGGGUCAAUGGCCCCUCCGACUGGCAGAAAUACACCUCUGCCUUCCGGACUGAGAAUAACGAUGCGGACUACCCCUGGCCCCGUCAGUGCUGUGUCAUGAACAAGCUUAAAGAACCUCUCAACCUGGAGGCCUGCAAACUAGGAGUACCCGGUUACUAUCACAACCAGGGCUGCUAUGAACUGAUCUCUGGACCAAUGAACCGACACGCCUGGGGGGUUGCAUGGUUUGGAUUUGCCAUUCUCUGUUGGACUUUUUGGGUUCUCCUGGGUACCAUGUUCUACUGGAGCAGAAUUGAAUAUUAAGAAUAAAAUGUAACCACCGUACCACCUACCCCCAGUGACUCUACAUUUGGUUCUGGAACCGCUCUGUCCUAAUAUUCCACCUUUGUGCUCCUUGGGAUUAUAUGGGUUCUUCCUCAAAUGGCCACGUCAGUUGGUAUGGAGUUCCUCUAGGCUCUCAGACUCCUGAAAGUCUCACUGGUGUUUUCACCCUCAUCUAGAAGUCCGCAACACUGUUAUAGACUGUAGGAAAAAGAGAAGGUAGGAUAGCAGAUAGUAACCAUUCUCAUCCCUGUUUAUUUUUAAUUUGGGGGCAUAAAGAUGUACACAGGAACUUGUGUUAUCACAGUGAGAUGAGUCUGUAUUUGGACAGCAAAUUUGCCUGUAUUUCUCACUGCUUUCUAAGAGAAAGCUUCAAAGGCUUUCCUUCAUCUCAGUACUGUCCAGGUGAGAGAACUAAGGAAAAGAGUGCUGAAAUAUCCUUUGUCCUAUAGUGGCUUCCAUCUUCAGAGACUCAAGUGAUUCUUUCAAUGCCACCUUGGCAUCCUUUUUAAAAGGACAGUGUCUCAUCUUGAGCCAACAAUGGUUGAAAUUUCCUCUCCAACACUGCAGAGUGAUGUGUGCUUAGUAACCUCAAUUCUCUCAUUAAUUAAAAGUAUGUGGACUUUGGGGGACAAAGGAGGGAACUGUUCUGUAUUUACCAAUCUCAACCUCAAUCCCCUUUCAAACAGGGGAGAAGCAAGCCAGCUGUUAGGUCGGUGAUUUUGUUUACUGUCAAAAUAUUUCUGAUCUCUGUUUCCUCUGGUAAUCCUGACGGAAGUUCUUAUAACACAGCAUUUGUUUGUCUAGCCUUAUAAAUAAAGAGGGCUUUUAAAUA